AUAACUAAAAUUACAAGAUUAACAACAGGAAUAGUUACAAUGGGAAUUUUCAGUGAUUCAACUCCUACAGAAUUUUACAACAGUGGUAUGAAAUACCUCGAGAAAUCCCAAUAUGACAAGGCAUUUCCAAAGUUUUUACGAGCUGCUGAAAAUAGCCACAUAGAGUCUCAAUAUGAGUUGGGAAAGCUAUACAAAGAAGGUAAUGGUGUUGCUUGUGACAAAGCUGAAGCGUUAAAAUGGUUCCUUGAAUCGUAUGAGAAUGGAUUCUUGGUUGCUCGUUAUGAUAUUGGGUUACUAUAUCUAUGCGGACCUGAUGAAGGGAUUGAAACCGAUUUUAAAAAAGCAUUUGAAUAUUUGAAAGAUGUCAAUGACGAAAACGAACAAAUGUCUUGUCGCUGUAUCGGUCUGAUGUUUUACAGUGGUGGCCAUGGCAUAGAAAAAGAUUUCAAGCAAGCCUUGUACUGGUACUCAAAGUAUGAUGGUGGAAAUAAGUCGUUCGAUUACUAUUUGAUAGGCGCACUCUAUACUUCUGGUGGUUUUGGUAUUCAAAAGGAUUACAAGGAAGCUGAAUCCUGGUAUUUAAAGGCUAUGGAAGGUGGUACAGUGGAGUCAUGCAAUUGGCUGGGUCAUAUAUAUGCCAGAGGUGGAUACGGCAUAGAAAGAAAUUUUCAAGCUGCUUUUGAUUUAUAUAUGAAAUAUUUGGACGCGGGCUUCGAUGGCGAAGAUCAAAUGGCUACAUUGUAUAUUGCACGAGACGACGAUGAACAGAGUUUUGAGAAGGCUUUGUCAUGGUUGCAAAAGGGUGCGGAAAAAAAUGACAAAACUUGUCAGUUUCUAAUUGGUAUGUUCUACGAAAAAGGCUUAGGAGUGGAGCGCGAUUAUGUUCAAGCGUUGUCAUGGUAUGAAAAAUCUCAAGCGAAUUUAUACAAGAGUGCUAUUAUUCAAAUUGGCUGGCUUUAUCACAACGGACUUGGUGUAAAACAUGAUUAUCAAAAAGCACAUGAAUUAUAUGAGUCAGCUUUAAAAAGUCAAGACUCUGAUGGCUCUCAUCGUCAUGCGCUGUCUUACUUGGGAUUACUUUAUCAGGAUGGUCUUGGAGUUCCUCAAUCUCACUCUAAGGCAAUGGAAUAUCUCCAAAAAGCAGUCGGUUUAAAAAGUGCGGAAGGUUACAAUUGUAUGGGCGACGUUUAUAGGCAUGGAUAUGGUGUCGACGUAAAUUAUGAAGAAGCAUUACAAUGGUACUUAAAAAGUAAUGAACUUUGCGAAUCUGAUCUUAAAAUUUGCGACAAAUCCUGGCUCAGUACUGGAAUAAUGUAUUUCUACGGACUUGGUGUAGAUAAGGAUAAGGAACUAGCUUUAACAUACUUUAAAAAAGCUUUUAAAUUUGGGAAUGAAGAGGCUGGAUACUACAUAGAUCAAAUAAACGGUGACGCAGCUGUAGAAUAGAGUCAUUAAUGAUGGCACAUCCAACCUUUGUAAAUAAAUUUGUAAUAUUAAAAGCA